GGAAAUGGGACAGACCUUCUGCUUAUGGAUUCAGGAUACCAAGUCUGACUCAUUCAUUCCUGUACAGAGAGCUGGAGGUAGGAGGACAGGGGAGCAGAGACAAGAGGAGGAGAGGGACUGAGAGGAAGAGAUCCAGACAGAGGACAUCAGAGGGGAAGAGGAGAGGGAAGGAAGGAAGAGUUAGUGAAGUUGGUGAAGAAGGAGGCAAUUCUCUCCAGAAAGAGGGCAUUAGGGCAUCAGGGCAGAGAGAGAGAGGAGGGUCUGUGUGUGACUCACUCCUUCCUCCAGACAGCCCGAGACAGUUCAGAGUGCCAGGAGAGAAAGGAGAGUGACUCAUUCAUUCCUUGAGAGAAAGAGAGGGAAUGAGGAGAGACCGCCAGGGAAGAGCUGGCACCAACCACCACCACUCACCUAGACCAACACGUGGCAAGUGAGCAGGAGACCGACCAACCACUUACUGCAGACUGGCACAGCAUAGAGACUGGCACAGCACAGGGGCAUAGACUAGAGAUUGGUAGGAACCUCAGGCUUGAAUAGUACACAUCAGACCUGGGCAGCCUGGUGCCACCCAGCAGACAGAGGGCUACCAAGAGUGCCACCGCAAGGAUGGAAUCCCAGACCCUAAUGAAGUUUCUUCUGAUGCUGCUUCUGGUGGAGAUCAGCCGACAAGGAGCCACAGAUCCGGUGUGUGAGAAGGGCUUCCGGUGGAGCAAUGAUCUGGAGAGGUGUAAAGACUGCCGGCUGUGCGAGAUUUCCAGCAAGGACGACUUCUGUCAGACAUGCGAUUCUCAGGAUAAACAAGCGGAUUUCCCGUUGCUGUGGGUCAUCGUGAGCGUCGCCGUUGCAGCUUUCGUCUUCACCUUCGUCAUCACCCUCACCAUAUACCUGAUCCACUGCCGCAGGAAAAACAAGUUCACCACCCCCAUAGAGGAGACCGGAGCCCACUCCGCCGAGGAACUACUCAUACACUGAAGAUCAUCAUCAAUGGGAACAACCAAUCCCCUCCGAACAAGAAGGAAGCUGCUAUCCAAUCACUGUGUGUAUAUAUAUAUGUAUAGAAGGUGUAUAUAUAUCUAUAUAUGUAUAUAUAUAUAUAAGAUCCUGCGCAGGCGCACAACGUGGAUCUUUUCGUUUUUUUUUUUCUAUUUAACCUUUUCUCGUCACGUGGGGGGGAGGGGGCGCAUUGCAGAGCAUCGCGUUUCCCUCUCCCCCCCCCCCCCGGCCAGCAAGGGGUUAAUGACGCUUCCUGCGCCCGCCAUCAAUCUUCAAGUCGUUGUGUCCAAAAAAAAAAAAAGGUUCUCUUCCCGUUCAUCAGAAUCGGAGCUCACUUCCCGCCAGCGCACCCGCUCACAUUCCUCCAAGACCGCCGCUAGGAAGGAUGCCCCUCCCCCCCUUUGUAAAGCCCCCGACGGGCCUUAUCAUAAAAUUGCGUUUUGUUUUUAUAAAAA